GCCCCAAACGACCAAAACCAUGCAAGCAAGGGGGGGAGAGAAAGAGAUCGCUCACCAACAUAUUCUAGUUCCUAUAGUUUCGAUAUUUCCGACUGCACCUGAAAGCCUCAAGUGCCGUGGCAGGUUUCGCGGAGGGGGAAGAGGUUUCAUUGAGCUUUGUCCGUAACAACAUCCCUCUCGUUGGGCUACAUUUCGCUAUUUUAACGCGCGGGGCGAUUACAUUAUUAACAUUAGUGUAGAAGACGUUUUCUUUGAACAAACCCGCAGCCAAACGCCGCGCUGACACCUCACGAAAAUGCUUCCGUCUCUGGCCAGCAAUUCGUGUGUGCGCUUGAUGCAGAAUCACAAAUCGACGUGGUAUUUUGUUUCUCUCGUCUUGGGCUACGUCCUCUAUCUCGUGUUCGGCGCAGUGGUCUUUUCCUCGGUGGAGCUGCCGUACGAGGACAUCCUACGCCAGGAGCUGAGGGCCAUCAAGAAGCAGUUCCUCCAGGAAAACGAGUGCCUGUCCGAGGAGCGCCUGGAGCGCUUCCUGAAGAAAGCCCUGGACGCGAGCAAUUACGGGGUCUCCAUCCUCAACAACGCCUCGGCCAACUGGAACUGGGACUUCACGUCUGCCCUGUUUUUCGCCAGCACCGUGCUGUCCACCACAGGAUAUGGUCACACGGCACCGCUCUCUGACGGCGGCAAGGCCUUCUGCAUCCUCUACUCCGUGAUUGGCAUCCCCUUCACCCUCCUCUUCCUCACGGCCGUGGUGCAAAGGAUCAUGGUGUUCAGCACGCGGAGGCCCGUCAUGUACAUCCACCGGCGCUGGGGUCUGUCCAAGCCGCUGGUGGCCAUCGUUCACGCCGCGGUGCUGGCCGCGUUGGCCCUCUCCUGCUUCUUCCUCAUCCCCGCCGCCAUCUUCUCGGCGCUGGAGGAGAACUGGAACUUCCUGGAGUCCUUCUACUUCUGCUUCAUUUCGCUCAGCACCAUCGGCCUGGGCGACUACGUACCCGGAGAGGCCACCAAUCAGAAGUUCAGGGAGCUUUACAAAGUGGGCAUCACCGUCUACCUGAUCCUGGGUCUGAUCGUCAUGCUGGUGGUGCUGGAGACCUUCUGCGAGCUGCAGCAGCUGAAGCAGCUGAGGAAGAUGUUCUACCUGAAGAAGGAGAAGCCGCAGGACCGCCUGGCCAUUUUGGAACAUGACCACUUGUCCUUCACUACGGUGUCCAACCGAGCCACGGUUUACUCUGACGGCAAAAUCCAGUCGUUUGUUGGUGUCCCAACUCAACUGUCCUCGCUCAGUGAUGAUCCCAUGAUCCAGUAAAACGUCACCAGAGCAAACGUCUAUUGAGGGAUGACAAUGUGAAAGUAGAGGGGGCAGUGCACUAAAAGUAGACCCAACGCAUAGAUCACGAGUCACAGCCCGAGACGUUGUGUAAACUUUAGUUGUAUAACAAGUUGGGGCUAAACAGCGCUUGCAAUAAACUCAGUCAUCACACCCAAAUUCUGACAAAAAAGUUUAACAGUGACUAUAAGAACAUAUUAGGUGAUUUAAGAAAAGCAUUCUGCUGUUUAUUAUGACUCACAAGAAUCAAGCUCCUUAUCUGUUGCACAUUUUUGGAAAAUAUUUAGAAGAAGAAUAUUUGGAAAAUAUUUAGAAAUAUUUAAUUGCUCUCUUCAAUCUUGCUGAAAUAUGGGACAAAUCUCUGCAGUCGGUCACGAAAUACAACAUAAACAUGUAUGUAUCUUGUAAAUAGAGAUGCGUGAAGGCUACUUUGAAUUGUUUUGAGACGUACAGUCAUAGCUCCACCUAGAAUAAACACUCCUUUUUAAAGAUGAGCCAGUGUAGCCAAGACACGAGGACAAGUCAUGUAAAUAUUGGACUUCAGAUAUCUUUAUGCCUCUGGGUCGGAUGUAUUAUAUUAUCCCGCUAUUCACGCUGUGAAUGUGACACAUUCACAAGAAUUUCGGCAGAACCGUCCGCUCUGACUCAAGCACGAACCCACUGGACUUGGUUGGUCAAAGGUCGCUGGGACCUUACAGAACACGUUUUUGGCCAUAACAAAAUAUAACAAAAUACUUGAAUUUUGACAAUUUGACACAAAUGUUUAAUAGGACAAAAUGAUAGCUGUGGGCAUUUUGGACGGACAUGAUAGAGAACUGCGGCAUACAACCGCAAGUCAGUCGUUUUAGUGUUACAUGGAACUUUGGAACUUGCCGUCAACCCUGAAAAUAAGCAUCUGAAAGAAGAGACGGUAUAUUGCAUCAAUUACAAAGGGUCUGAGCUCAGAUUAACUGAGAUUGCGUAAGAUUGACAUUUUUGAAUACAAAGUUGGCAAACAACCGGCUUUGUUAAAGUAACUGACCAGAAGAAACACAAUGUGGUAUUUUGUAGCAGUUCUGGCUCAUCCUAACGGGGGUGUUGUUCUUUUUAGACUUUGUGGUAUUACACAUUUCACUCACUGUGAGGGAUAACAUUUGUCUGCAAGUAUGUAUUUUCUCUCAAAAUGGUCUCUGAGAAGAUGAGCACUAUAAGUUAUUGAUUUGUCUGAAUGGCCUCAUGUGUGUCCGUUUUGAAAAGACACAUUAAAUAGGGAAGCACAGAUUGGAGGCUGGCAUUUUACCGUCAAGAUGGAGCGCUCUAUUUGCACAUGUACUGGAGCACUGUUUGGGAUUUCUCAUAGAGAGAACGGACGUGGUUCCUGCUAUUUUAGAUAUUAAAAAAAAACACAAAAAAAACGAAUGAUCGAAAUAAUCAAACAUGAAUGGUACUUUGGGUGUGGAUGAUCUGUAAAUGCUCAAUAACUGCUCUGAGCUAGAAAAGAGCAAGCCGACUGUAUUUAUAUCAUUUGAAUGUAGAAAUGUAUAUAAUAGGACUUGAAGGUUUUAAAUUGAUGAAAAUAACUAAUUUGAAGCUUUAAAGGUUGAAGCUAGAAAAUCAAGUGACAGGAGUGCAGCUAAAACAUCUGUUGUGUCACCGCUCCCACAUCAGCUUGUAAUCUGCUCAUCAACCGAGGAUGGAAAUGUCCAUGAUUGGGAUUUAAAAGGGUGGACAUUCCCUAUUGCUAUUUGAAAGGAAAUUGCAUUGCACUCCUGUUGGUAUCUGUUGUCAUGUAUAUUUCUUCGCACAUUGAGUAGAAAGACGAGCAAUCGUUAUGCAUUUUAAGUGUGUUUCCGUCUCUGUGUGGAGCUGAAGUUCUGACCUCAUCUUUCUCUGCUGCAUCACCACAUCGUGACGGAGACCCGGCCUUUUGUAAAGUCUCGAAUGUAAUGUUUUUUUUCAUGCCGUUUGUUACAGUGAGAUUCAAAGCCUGACCAGAGGGCAGCGUUACUCCCUCAGCUGCUCUGCCGGCUGUGUUCGUUUGGGGACCAGUUCAUUUGAAUCGGAGAGAUGUGUCAUGACUGCUUGCAAAAUUAGCUUGGAGCGUGUCGUCAUCAUAAGUACUUGCUGAUCUUUAAUUUAGUAUUUUAUAGUUCUUCUUCUUUUUCUCACCAAUCUGGGCCUUUGUGUAAACCGUGAUGCAUUGAAACUGUUCUUAUUGCUGAGAAAAAAAUGUAAAACUUGAAUUUAGCUAAAGUGUUUUUUUUUUGCUGUAUGGUCUUACUGUUUAUAAGAUACAUUGAAUUGAUCGAUGUCACGGCUUCUACACUUCAGCAUUACUGCUUUUGGUGGAGUCUGUCAGUCAUAUGCAGUCUGUUCAGCGAGGAAACGAUGUGUCAAGGAUUCCGAGUGGGAACCCACUGACAUCAUUUAUUUAUGCUAUCAAAAGUCAAACGUUUGGAAAAUUUGGGACUACACCUUACUGUACAUAUCUGUUCAGUAUCUGUACAGCCAGGUGCGCCAGUGAGUGUUGUAGGAUUGCCAUGAAGUACUACCUUUUUUUGUAAAAUUCAUUAUAGCAUACGUAGUGAAUCCAUGAACUGUAAAAUAUCAGCAACUUAUAAAUAAAGUGUUGGUUAAAUCUGACUUUUUGCCUCA